GGCCGAGGCCGGGAAGUCGGGCCGGCAGGGACGGCUCGGUGUGGUGCGCUCCGCGGCUGCCGCUCUUCGGUGGGAGGCGGGCCCCCGCGCUGUUCUCCGCGGCCGCGGUCACGCAGGGCUCCGGCCGGCCGCUACCUGCAUGAGCCUGAACAGCCUGGCUGCGAGCAAGCCGUGCAGUGAGGAUCAAACACAGAGCUUCACACAUGUGAAGCUUGUGCUCUGCCACUGAGCCCCACCAUAGAGCCUUAUUUUUUUCUUUGGUGGCGGGGGAAGGAUCGCACAUGUACCUGUGGAAGCUGGAGGUGGACGCUGGGGGUUGUCCUCAGUUGCUUUCUGCAUUCAUUUUUUGAGGCACUUAGAAAAUAUUUAAGCAUUCAUGAGUUGAGCGUCAUUCCUGAGUUAUGGAUGACAAGGCUUCUGUUGGAAAAAUCAGUGUCUCCUCAGACUCCGUGUCUACUCUUAAUAGUGAAGACUUUGUCUUGGUGUCCAGGCAAGGCGAUGAGACGCCAUCCACAAACAACGGAAGUGACGACGAGAAGACAGGACUCAAGAUUGUAGGGAAUGGAAGUGAGCAGCAGCUGCAGAAAGAGCUAGCAGAUGUGCUGAUGGAUCCUCCCAUGGACGACCAGCCAGGGGAAAGGUCACAACUGGAUGGUGAAGGAGAUGGGCCUCUUUCUAAUCAGCUCUCAGCUUCGUCCACCAUUAACCCUGUGUCUCUAGUAGGGCUGCAGAAACCAGAGAUGAGCCUGCCAGUGAAACCUGGACAAGGAGAUUCUGAAGUAUCAAGUCCUUUCACACCAGUGGCUGAUGAGGAUAGUGUGGUUUUCAGCAAACUGACUUACUUAGGCUGUGCCUCGGUAAAUGCCCCCCGGAGCGAAGUGGAAGCCUUGAGGAUGAUGUCCAUCUUGAGAAGUCAGUGUCAGAAUUCUCUGGAUGUGACCCUCUCAGUGCCGAAUGUAUCUGAAGGAACUGUGAGACUUUUAGAUCCUCAAACCAAUACGGAAAUAGCAAACUACCCUAUCUACAAAAUCCUCUUCUGUGUCAGAGGGCAUGAUGGAACUCCUGAGAGUGACUGUUUUGCAUUCACUGAAAGUCACUAUAAUGCAGAGCUCUUCAGGAUACAUGUCUUUCGCUGUGAAAUACAAGAAGCUGUAAGCCGGAUACUUUACAGUUUUGCCACCGCCUUCCGCCGCUCUGCCAAGCAGACCCCACUCUCAGCCACAGCUGCACCGCAUACUCCUGACAGUGACAUCUUUACUUUCUCUGUGUCUUUAGAAAUAAAAGAAGAUGAUGGUAAAGGUUAUUUUAGUGCUGUUCCCAAAGACAAGGACAGGCAAUGCUUUAAACUUCGCCAAGGAAUCGAUAAGAAGAUUGUCAUCUGUGUGCAGCAAACAGCUAAUAAAGAACUUGCCAUUGAAAGGUGCUUUGGUCUUCUCCUUAGCCCAGGAAAAGAUGUCCGCAAUAGUGAUAUGCACUUGUUGGAUUUGGAGUCUAUGGGCAAAAGUUCAGAUGGAAAGUCAUAUGUUAUUACUGGAAGCUGGAAUCCAAAAUCUCCACAUUUUCAAGUUGUGAAUGAAGAAACUCCUAAAGAUAAAGUGUUGUUCAUGACAACAGCUGUGGAUUUGGUGAUAACAGAAGUACAGGAGCCUGUUCGAUUUCUCCUGGAGACAAAAGUCCGAGUUUGCUCACCUAAUGAAAGGCUGUUCUGGCCCUUCAGCAAACGAAGCACUACUGAAAGCUUCUUUCUGAAACUGAAGCAGAUAAAGCAGAAGGAGAGAAAGAAUAAUUCUGACACUUUAUAUGAGGUUGUGUGUUUGGAAAGUGAGUCAGAGAGAGAGAGGAGGAAAACUACAGCCAGUCCUUCAGUCCGCCUGCCACAGUCUGGAUCCCAGAGCUCCAUGAUCCCCUCUCCUCCAGAAGAUGAUGAAGAAGAAGAUAAUGAUGAACCUCUCUUGAGUGGAUUUGGUGAUGUAUCCAAAGAAUGUGCAGAAAAAAUUCUUGAAACAUGGGGAGAACUGCUGUCAAAAUGGCAUCUCAACUUGAGUGUGAGACCGAAGCAGUUGCCAUCCUUAGUGAGAAGUGGUGUCCCAGAAGCUCUUCGUGGAGAAGUCUGGCAGUUGCUCGCCGGCUGCCACAACAAUGAUCACUUAGUAGAAAAGUACCGAAUUCUCAUCACAAAGGAAUCUCCCCAAGACAGUGCUAUCACCAGAGAUAUUAACCGCACAUUUCCAGCUCAUGACUACUUCAAGGACACAGGAGGAGAUGGACAAGAUUCCUUAUAUAAAAUAUGCAAGGCAUAUUCUGUGUAUGAUGAAGAGAUUGGUUACUGCCAGGGCCAGUCUUUCCUUGCAGCUGUGCUUCUCCUCCACAUGCCCGAAGAACAGGCAUUCAGUGUUCUAGUUAAGAUCAUGUUUGACUAUGGUCUCAGGGAACUUUUCAAGCAAAAUUUUGAAGAUCUACAUUGCAAGUUCUACCAGUUGGAGCGCCUCAUGCAGGAAUACAUUCCUGACCUGUACAACCACUUCCUGGACAUCAGCCUUGAAGCACACAUGUAUGCCUCCCAGUGGUUCCUUACACUUUUCACUGCAAAAUUCCCUCUCUACAUGGUCUUCCAUAUCAUUGACCUGCUCUUAUGUGAGGGAAUCAGUGUAAUUUUUAAUGUCGCCCUUGGAUUACUAAAGACUUCCAAGGAUGACUUGCUGUUAACAGACUUUGAGGGUGCCUUGAAGUUCUUCAGGGUUCAGCUUCCUAAAAGGUACCGCUCAGAAGAAAACGCAAAGAGGCUCAUGGAACUAGCCUGCAACACGAAGAUUAGCCAGAAGAAGCUAAAGAAGUUUGAAAAAGAGUAUCAUACCAUGAGGGAGCAGCAGGCCCAGCAGGAAGACCCCAUCGAGCGAUUUGAGCGGGAGAACAGGCGGCUCCAAGAAGCUAACAUGAGAUUGGAACAGGAAAACGAUGACUUGGCUCAUGAGCUGGUCACCAGCAAGAUCGCGUUGCGGAAGGACCUGGAUAAUGCUGAAGAAAAGGCAGAUGCACUGAAUAAGGAGUUGCUGAUGACCAAGCAGAAGCUGAUUGAUGCAGAAGACGAAAAGAGGCGGUUAGAGGAGGAGUCUGCACAGUUAAAGGAAAUGUGCCGCCGGGAACUUGACAAAGCAGAAUCAGAGAUCAAAAAAAACAGCUCUAUCAUUGGUGACUAUAAGCAGAUUUGUUCUCAACUAAGUGAAAGACUGGAAAAGCAGCAGACAGCCAAUAAAGUGGAAAUUGAGAAAAUCCGGCAAAAGGUAGAUGACUGUGACCGCUGUCGAGACUUCUUCAACAAAGAAGGGCGAGUGAAGGCUGCCAGCUCAGCCAAAGGGGUUUCAGAUGAGGACACAGAUGAAGAAAAAGAGACACUCAAGAACCAACUGCGGGAGAUGGAGCUAGAACUGGCACAAACCAAACUGCAGCUGGUAGAAGCCGAGUGCAAGAUCCAGGAUUUGGAACACCACUUGGGCCUUGCCCUCAGUGAGGUGCAGGCAGCCAAGAAGACCUGGUUUAACCGCACACUGAGCUCCAUAAAGACAGCAACUGGGGUUCAAGGGAAAGAGACAUGCUGAGAAGAGCUGCUGCCUCCAGACACCUCCAGAAAAUACACCACCUUUUGUUGCCUUCUUUGGCCAGAUGUGUGACUCUGUGACAUGUUCCAGGACCAGAAUGUACCUAGGUCAGAGCUGUAUCGCGUGUUGGUAGGUCAGUGGACCAGGGCUCCUGCAGCAGGCUGCCAACCCCAAAUGAUGCUGGACAUGCACCAGAGUCCUGCCUCCGAGUGCCAUCCGGGCCUCUUUUCAGUGUAAGAACACUUCACCCAGCCAGAGUUGGGUCAUCUUCCAAUGUGUUGAUUUUCUUUUUAUUUUCUAAACCCUUUAUUAAAAAGAAAUAUAUGUAUAUAUAAACAUAUGUGUGUAUUCACACAUACACACACUCUGUCUCCUCUCUCUCUCUCUCUCUCUCUCUCUCUCUCUCUCUCUCUCUCUCUCUCUCUCUCUCUCCUUGGGUCGGGGAAAGUAAUUCUUAUCUGUCAGUGCCAGCAGAAGCUCCCAGAAAGAUGAGACGCACUUUGAGUAGAAGAAGGGUCUUGUGGUCACGGCUCAAGUCACCUAAUUUUGUUAACCAAUACAGCGCACUGAUUUUAAUUUGGCAUUAUUCACAUUUCUAAGCAAUUCUAUGCAACUCUCAUAGUCCUGUCUUUUUUUUUUUUUUUAAGCAUUAGCUGCCAAAACUACUUCAAAAGGCUAGAGUGGGCCACAUGACUGUGAGACUGAAUCAAUCAUGACAUGGACAGCUCUUUGUUUAAUGUGUCAUGUGUACAUAUAUAUGUGUAUAUAUGUGUGUGUAUGUAUAUAAAUCUUUCCCAGUACCCUGCACUACAGCGUUUAAAUCCCAGACAACCUGCUAAUUCUGUACACUGCCAUCCGUGGCUGUGGGGCACUUCCUUUCAUUUGAGGUUUGCUAGGCUCUGUCCUUCCUGCCAUUGUAGGAGCUGGCAAGCGCUCCUUCACCCCUCACAUUUGCACAGCAGGUUGUACAAGUGAGAAAAACUGAAUACAUGAGAGUCUGCACACUGAGAGGUCCCACCUUCUUGACUGAGUCCCUGUCAGGCUCUCAGAGUGGCCAGGUGCGUAUCUCACUGGUCAAGAUGGGCUGCGGAUUCUUACUUUAAAGCUAUGAAAUAGCAGUUUUAGCACCUUUUUUUUUUUUUUUAAUUAAAAACAAAACCUUUUGGCUUAAUUUAUAUGCUGACAAAUGGUCUCACAAGUGGCUCAUCCUCUCUGCUCUGUGGAGGUGGCUUGGGUUUGUAUAUAAUAACGAGUCGUUUUCCCUUUUUUGGCUCUACUAAUAAUGCUUGAUGAGGUCAUCUACGGUGGGGAGAUAACAAGUGGCCAACCCUUCCCCCAGACCACUCCUACCACUUCCUGUGUCUGUCUUGUUCAGUUAUCCAAACAGCUGUAAAGCCCAUCUAAAACUAGGUGUGUGGACAUUGUGCUAGGGUAGUUUGUGCGUCAACUUUAUGAACUGAAAUAUAAACCAGUAAAAUUGUAUUACUAUUUCUUUUGUUUGUUUUAACAGCAUAUUCAUUAAAUAUUUUGGUACAAACAGCA